AUGGUGCCUUUAUUCGUUCUUGUUUUGGGGAUCGUCGGAGCGCAGGCGCAAUGGAUCAAUGAUUGCCCCUGUAUUCCUGGAAGGCUUGAAACUCCAAAAUCGCAGUGUUCAGUACCAGACGCGUUCCGUAACUUCAAUAUUACACCCAAUUAUCUACCGGUGCCACCGCAGAACUUUUUGGAGGCGCCAUUUUCUUCAGUAGACGUAAACUUGGGGACUUUCAUUUCUCCUCUUAGAAUCAUAGACCCCGAUACGUUUUCCUUCGAAAAUGGUAACGCGAACAAAUUAUACACAUUGAUCGCUAUCGACAUUGAUAGUCCAACGAAUCUGCCACGACAUUACAGAGGCUUUGUGAACCUAUUAGCGAUGAACCUUCCAAGCACGCUGGACUUCUGUUCUGGCCAUAUCAUUGUUCCCUUCACGCCAGCCUUUCCUCAAAUAGGAACCGGCUUACACCGAGUAAUUGGGCUUGUGUACGAACAAGAACGCCCAAUUAACACUGAAGAUAUAAAUCUUUAUAGGUUGGCCAGGACCCGUAUUAUAACGCGCAUAGCUGAUUUCGCAGAGACCUAUCGCCUUGGAAAUCCACUCGCUGGUAACUUCUUUACAACGCAACUUAGUUACUGCAACAACUAA